GCCCCUUGCAGGCAAGGCCACCCAGGCGAAAGACCCCACCGCAGCACUCAUCCGGCACUGGGUGAUGACGCCGGCGGGCAUAGCGGCGCGAAGGGGCAAAGGACAGCGCAGCACUGAGAUGCUGUCCUUUGAGAGCGGGGGCAGGCGGGUGGAGCUCACCGCUGGGAAUGCCAACAAGGUGGCCAGCAAGCUUCAACAGAAGGAGCGCAAGGACGCGAAGAAGCGCGAGGAGGCGAAGGGGCCCAAGGAGGCGCCGGAGCGCGAGGAGGAGGAGGAGGACUAGAUUUGGAUGAGCGGAUGAAUGCGGAUGAGUGAGGAUGAAUGCGGAUGUGUCGCGCGUGUGGGCGAGAGAUGGAGGAUUGAGAGUGGAGGAUGGACGAUAGUUGUGGACAAUUAGGUUGCAAUAGCAGGAUGGGGGGCGAUGAGGCAGGAUUAUCUGUAGUGCAGGAUGCACGCAGGAGGAUGGAUGAUGGACGAUGGACGCUGGACGCUGGACAAUGGUCUGCAAGGAGCGUGGAUAAUCCGUGGACAAUGGACAAUGGUCUGGCACGGAUGAUGGAUUAGCGUGGAUGGACUGGAGACGGAGAACUGCAACUGGUUUCGGUUGCUGUCGGCGGUCUAGUGCAAUCACUCCAUCCCGACCUGAGGAUUGCUUGGCUGUGGGGUCAGGGCGUGGAGGUAGGGCGUGGGGCAGGACUGGAAUCCUGGAGGAGGGUGCUGCGCCGCACCGUGGCCCGCUGGGGCCUUGGCAACGACUGUGGGCGGGCCUUUGUGGCAUACCGUAGGCACUUAAAGAUGGAAGGAAGAAGACCCCCCGUGGGGAGGAUUAGGAGGGGGCAGUAUCCGCCGUGCGCGUCUUGGUCUCAACCGUCCGUGUAGCUGUCGCACCAUCGGCAUCCACAUGUUGGCAGCCCGCAGAGCGGACGACCCUCCCAAAGGCACGCGGAGCUCAACGGCAAGCAUGCAGGUAUGACAUUUGGAGGUCAACAGCCCAACCCAGCUCUCGGUCGGUCGAUUGUCAUAGUUAUGUCAGCGUAAGUGCGUCAAUAUGUGUCACAGGCAUUCAGAUGGCAAAACACUGUAGCGUCUGCGUGCCCGCGCGCGAGGCGACAUAUUUCAUGGACGACGGUUACCGGCAGGCCGAUUACCAGGUGAACUUGAUACAUACUUGGCGUUUCCUGAUGCAUUGCUUGGCCAAUUGUUAGAUGCACUAUUUAGCAUUUGCUAGGAAGAACACGUCUGCUGUUGAAAGCAGGCGAAGACCUGCAUCGCACGUAAGAACCCGCUGCGCAUAAUGCAGCGGGAAGCGCUUGAGCCCACAUGUGAGCUACUGUGUCUGGGAAGAUAAUUGAAGUACGCUGGAUUGCCAAGGUCCGACGUGCGUUUAUGUUGCCCGAUUGCGAAGUUGCGCCACUUGUCCCUUGUGCGGCCGGCCUAGCGCAAACUGUCCUGGUUGAACGUUUCGUGACCGCAAGCAUGGCACGAAGUACCGAACCAGGUCUGCCAUGUCACCGGAACCCCGUCGUGUAGGAGUCACAAUCAAGAGGCAAGAGCUCGGUCGCGUAACUCACAGGACUUUCUGCAAUUUCGGCACAUUACAUACAUGUGAAGUGGUUCACAGGCAGCUGUUUUUGCUGCACGCUCAGAAUCCCCACGGGUCCCCACGUACGGUUUCCAGCAGAGCCCCGUGCCCCUACUCUAUCUCUACAGCAAUCCCAGCCAGUAGCGCAUACCAUACUUAGAUGGCCUUCGCGCGCAUGUAACCUAGCUUUGGG